UGACUUGGAUUGACAUAGAGAGCUGCAGGAGGGUGACAUGAUCUCAAUAAAAGGAAUGCUCUGGCUGCUGGGUAGAGAAGAAAGCGAGGGUGAGGGAUUAAUGGUGGAGCCAGAGGGAGCCCAGUGAGUGCCGGGAGCCCAGGGUGGCAGAGCUGUGGUGCAGGGUUGCAGGGUCCUGGAGCUAGGCAUGGAGGCUGCUUUCGGGCAAGUGGCCUGGUCAGCCUGUCCUCGGAGAGGCGGUGAAGGCAGAGACUGGAAGGCAGAGAGCCUUGCCGACCUGUGGCCGAAGAGCUCUCCGGGAGACAGCCACCGGUGGUGCAAAGGCCCUGGGGCCGGCCCAGCCGGGCCGCAGCUCCGGGAGGCGGCGCGAGCGAGCAGUGGGCUGGGCGGUGGCGGCCGGCACCCGAGCCGGAUCCCGGCGAUUGCCUUACAAGACAUGCUGCUGCUGAAGAAACACACGGAGGACAUCAGCAGCGUCUACGAGAUCCGUGAGAGGCUCGGAUCGGGUGCCUUCUCCGAGGUGGUGCUGGCCCAGGAGCGGGGCUCCGCACACCUCGUGGCCCUCAAGUGCAUCCCCAAGAAGGCCCUCCGGGGCAAGGAGGCCCUGGUGGAGAAUGAGAUCGCAGUGCUCCGUAGGAUCAGUCACCCCAACAUCGUCGCUCUGGAGGAUGUCCACGAGAGCCCUUCCCACCUCUACCUGGCCAUGGAACUGGUGACGGGUGGCGAGCUGUUUGACCGCAUCAUGGAGCGCGGCUCCUACACAGAGAAGGAUGCCAGCCAUCUGGUGGGUCAGGUCCUUGGCGCCGUCUCCUACCUGCACAGCCUGGGGAUCGUGCACCGGGACCUCAAGCCCGAAAACCUCCUGUAUGCCACGCCCUUUGAGGACUCGAAGAUCAUGGUCUCUGACUUUGGACUCUCCAAAAUCCAGGCUGGCAACAUGCUAGGCACCGCCUGUGGGACCCCUGGAUAUGUGGCCCCAGAGCUCUUGGAGCAGAAACCCUACGGGAAGGCCGUAGAUGUGUGGGCCCUGGGCGUCAUCUCCUACAUCCUGCUGUGUGGGUACCCCCCCUUCUACGACGAGAGCGACCCUGAGCUCUUCAGCCAGAUCCUGAGGGCCAGCUAUGAGUUUGACUCUCCUUUCUGGGAUGACAUCUCAGAAUCAGCCAAAGACUUCAUCCGGCACCUUCUGGAGCGAGACCCCCAGAAGAGGUUCACCUGCCAACAGGCCUUGCAGCACCUUUGGAUCUCUGGGGACACAGCCUUCGACAGGGACAUCUUAGGCUCUGUCAGUGAGCAGAUCCGGAAGAACUUUGCUCGGACACACUGGAAGCGAGCCUUCAAUGCCACCUCGUUCCUGCGCCACAUCCGGAAGCUGGGGCAGAUCCCAGAGGGCGAGGGGGCCUCUGAGCAGGGCAUGGCCCGCCACAGCCACUCAGGCCUCCAUGCUGGCCAGCCCCCCAAGUGGUGAUGCCCAGGCAGAUGCCGAGGCCAAGUGGACUGACCCCCAGAUUUCCUUCCCUUGGAUGCUUUCGGUCCCCUCCCCCAACCCCUCCCCCUGGGGCUGGCCUCUGCUGGAUUUUGAGAUUUGAGGGUGUGGCGCAUGGCGCUGGGGUUGGAAUGGGGCACCCCCAAGUCUGUCCCCAGGCUCUGCCCUGCCUGGGGGCAGUGGCUCCCCUCCCCUGUUGCCUCUCCCGCCCCUGCCCCCCCGCCCCGCCAAAAGCCGAGGGGGUGCUGGCAGGCGGGCCUCGGGGGCUGUCUUUCCUGCACGGCUGUUGUGUGCUUCGCUGAGUGUGGGUGGUCCUGCUUGUGUCAUGGUCAUGGCCUUCCAGCCCCCUCCAGUUUUCCCCAAACCAAUAAAGAAAGAUACAGCAA